UCGCACUCCUGAGAUACUAUAUUUAAUACCCGCACUUAUACAAGUUUUAGUCCAAGAUACUAGCUGUUUAAGAUCUGUAUACCGGUAUGCUUUAUCUGCAUUCGAGUCUGGUGUCUUCAGACUUCCGUUUGCUUCAGUGAGUGUGGCCCGAACGGCUGCUGGGGGAGAAGUGCGGGAGCUCGGCGGCACUGAUCCCUUGCUGGCAAUGGCGGUAUCCGCGAGACAUCCCCGGUAUCACCGAUUCAAACAAGUAGUUGGCAUAUCCAUCCUUUGCAUUGCUGCAGCAUUGCUCUCACUGCUAUUGUGGCCAAGUUUGUGGAAUAAGAAUUCCAUACUCUCAACAAUAUCAGCCAAAGCAGAGACAAAGAAAACACAGUUGCUGUCUAGUACUCCCGAUACCUGCCCGGUAGCUCAAUGUGCACCAUGCUGCCUGGGUCGUGGCGGCAUCAGGAAGCCACAAGCUAGCAAUCAUAACUCCGAGCAUGGUCAUCCUGUCGAAAGCACUUUACUUCCUCCCAACAAAGAGACAGUACCACCUUGGGUUUCAGUAUUGCCAAGGAAUUCGACAUUUUUUGAUGGACAGAUGAAUGCUCCAAAGCGCAGGGAUGUUUCCAGGAUCUGUUUGAUAAGCGAGCGCGUAAGCGGCAGCAAUUGGCUAACAUCAACCUUACAAAAAAAUUUCCCACGUCAGGUCGCUACAAACUGUUUUACUUUCAAGCAUUGGUUUCAAUCUCCUCUGGAUAUUAGGGACAGAUUGCAGGAUGGCGACAUCGUCAUAGUCAACUUCCGUAAUGCACUCGACUGGAUUCUACAUCUAUGGCGAAAGCCUUGGAACAGCAGUUCCCACCACAAUCUGACGUUGGAGGAAUUCAUAACAAAACAGUGGAUGGCCAACCCGCAAAUCGGGUUUGGCGAAAAUCAAAAUACCGCACUUCACCCGGGAAGACAUCUUUCUGUCACAGUUGAGGAAAAUUACAGUGCCUUUCACGAUCAUUAUGAGAAGUACAAACAUAUCUUUGGAGGCGAUUUUCCUGAGGGUCCAAUCGACAAUAUCAUGAAGCUUCGAGCCAUGAAAGUGGAUAAUUUCGUUCGUAUAAAAGAUUGGAUUUUGUCCGAUCCCGCUUGGACCCCACGAGUAUUGUUUGUCAGAUACGAAGAUCUUAUAGCAAUUGGUGGGCAAGGCAUGGAGAACUUCAUCAAGGGUUUGAAAACGUCCUAUAAUUUUGUCAAUGAAAAGGAAGAAGAUGUUAUCCUGAACACAUAUAAAGGAAAAGGUAACCAGGCUAUAAACAUGACCGAAUUCGAAGCACGAGAGCUUUAUUACACAAAGAAUCCGGAAAGCAGCAUCAUCACUCCGGAAGUUCAGAAUAUACUUUUAAGGCACCUAGACUUUGAGCAAGAAAAAAAGUUGGGCUAUCAUUACGAAUUUCUAGGCCCUUGAGUAGUUCUGGGUUAGAAAGUAUGGACCUGACCAUUUUGUGGCACCCUAGGUACAUUCAUUUUGUAUUGUCUAAAACCGUCGUUCUAGGAAAGGAUUUGAUUGGCAGAGAACUAGCAGGACCGGGUUCUUGAGGGCGCGCACAACCCGUAGGGUCCGGCGCUUGCGACGGGAGGUUCUGCAUGAUCCUUCGCUCAAUAUUUCGUCGCUUUUGCCAGCUAGCAUAAAAGCUGUACGGCCUGAACGGACGGUGGCACAUGACGUCAAUCAAACGCAUUAAAAUCUUUGCCGUCCGAUACAAG